UGAGAUGGCGGCGGCGGCGCGGCGGCGCGGGGAGCCCGAGAGGCGCCCGCCGGGCGCAGGCUGAGCCCCGCCGGCCCGGGAGCUCGCGCAGGGCCCGUGCGGCGGCGGAGCCUGGGCCGGGCGGCGCGCGGAGCCGCGAGGCCGGGAGCGGCCCCGGAACGGAGCGUCGGGCCGGGCAGGCCGCGAUGGCGAACGCCAGCGAGCCGGGCGGCGGUGGCGGCGAGGCGGCCGCGCUGGGCCUCAAGCUGGCCACGCUCAGCCUGCUGCUGUGCGUGAGCCUGGCCGGCAACGUGCUGUUCGCGCUGCUCAUCGUGCGGGAGCGCAGCCUGCACCGCGCCCCGUACUACCUGCUGCUCGACCUGUGCCUGGCCGACGGGCUGCGCGCGCUCGCCUGCCUCCCGGCCGUCAUGCUGGCGGCGCGGCGCGCGGCGGCCGCGGCGGGAACCCCGCCGGGCGCCCUGGGCUGCAAGCUGCUGGCCUUCCUGGCCGCGCUCUUCUGCUUCCACGCCGCCUUCCUGCUGCUCGGCGUGGGCGUCACUCGCUACCUGGCCAUCGCGCACCACCGCUUCUACGCCGAGCGCCUGGCCGGCUGGCCGUGCGCCGCCAUGCUGGUGUGCGCCGCCUGGGCGCUGGCGCUGGCCGCGGCCUUCCCGCCCGUGCUGGACGGCGGUGGCGACGACGAGGACGCGCCGUGCGCCCUGGAGCAGCGGCCCGACGGCGCCCCCGGCGCGCUCGGCUUCCUGCUGCUGCUGGCGGUGGUCGUGGGCGCCACGCACCUCGUCUACCUCCGCCUGCUGUUCUUUAUCCAUGACCGCCGCAAGAUGAGGCCCGCGCGCCUCGUGCCCGCCGUCAGCCACGACUGGACUUUCCACGGCCCAGGCGCCACCGGCCAGGCGGCCGCCAACUGGACGGCGGGCUUCGGCCGCGGGCCCACGCCACCGGCGCUCGUGGGCAUCCGGCCCGCGGGGCCCGGCCGUGGCGCGCGCCGCCUCCUCGUGCUGGAGGAGUUCAAGACGGAGAAGAGGCUGUGCAAGAUGUUCUACGCCAUCACGCUGCUCUUCCUGCUGCUCUGGGGGCCAUACGUCGUGGCCAGUUACCUGCGGGUCUUGGUGCGGCCUGGCGCAGUCCCCCAGGCCUACUUGACGGCCUCCGUGUGGCUGACCUUCGCACAGGCCGGCAUCAACCCAGUCGUGUGCUUCCUCUUCAACAGGGAGCUGAGGGACUGCUUCAGGGCCCAGUUCCCCUGCUGCCAGAGCCCCCAGACCACCCAGGCCACCCUCCCCUGCGACUUGAAAGGCAUUGGUUUAUAAAGGGCUCUCCUGCCACGUACACCCCAACCCGACCUUCCUUUUUGGCUUGGACAACGACUUUGUUUCUCCCCCUGUCCCCUUUUUAAUGGUCUAAGCUGCCUUCAAAAUGACAAACUGGAUAAGCACUUGGAUUGUACAGAUUGCUUUUAAUGAAGAGGUGGGUGUGGAUGUUCCAGCACCACCCCCGCUCCGCUCAUUGUCCUCCGAAAUAUAUUUUCAUCCUGAAAAUAGGCCUGGAGUCUUUGUAUUAGUACUGAUGUCUUUUAUUCCAUGUUAUUACCUUUUCUUUCGUUUUUUUUUUCCUUUUUAAAUAAAGGCUAAACUAAUUUCCUUCAUGCAGCGUUUCCUAAAGACCAUGGCCAGUUUUCUACAGAAGCUAUUUUUGACAACCUCGAGUGGCAUUACUUUUUGCAGUGAAGUAGAGGAACCUAGGAGGUCUUCACAAGUUGGAUUUCUUGAACAUCUUCUGCUGGAAGCAGAAGGGCGGGGCGGGGAUUGUCUUAAGUUCCCUCUGAAUUGCAGGCCACGGAGUCAGUUGUGUUGCUCUGGUUCUUUGAAAGUGUUGAGAACUUUGUUCAGUAUUGAUAAUGAAUUUAAAAGAGCAGCUAUGGGAGUGACUAACAAGGCAGUAGUUUUUUAAGCAGUAACAAGUUAAGAUUUGUUUCCUAUGUUACUUUACACUACCAGAUGCUUCUCCUCUCCAACAACUGCUCUCUGCAGUAUACCAAUCUUGACUAGAAACAUUUCUGUAAAAUUGUAACUUUUAAAAGAGUUAAAAAGUGUUUUGGUUAGUAAUGGUGUGGAGAAAAUACGGUAUUGCAUGUUUUUGUAUGUACUGAUCUCGGUUCAUGGAUUGGGAGGCUCUGAGAAGCAGAGUACUAAAUCAGAAUUGUUUAGCUAUUUUUUUGCCAAUAAAAAUUAAAAUAAUUUUAUGGAAACAGCUUGUGCUUUGAGGAGCCCAGCAUUAUUCUGUCUUAUGAAACUAAUUUCCACUUUGAACAUUGUUCUUCUUUUGUUCAUGGUAUAAAUAAAUGAAUGGCAUAUAAUGAUACUUUACUUCUAGGAAACAAAGCAUUUCCUUAAAAUGUUUGCUAAGUUAAGCUGUGCUAUUCUACUGAUGGUUAUUUUAAAUUAAUAAUGAGAACUGUAAUUUAAAUAAUGUUUCUUUGUUAGACACAUGGUAAUCUUAAAUUGAAAGACUAAAUUCUGCAAGUACUGUAUCAUUUUUCCUUAUAAUGCUACAUUUUUAUUAAUGUACCUUCUGUUUUGAGGAUUUAUAUCUGUAUUUCUCUUUGCAUUAUACAAAUAUACCAGUAUUUUCAC